GGAAGCUGCAAACCAAAUCCCGAACACACCCCAGCGCCAGCCGCGGAAGCAGGACUGUUGAACCCGCUGCAGGUAAGGACGGGGGCAGGGGUCGGUAGAUUAGACGACGCCUUGCCGCUUCGGGCUGUUGGUGCCCGUACAGUCUGUACUGUCUGAAUAUUCCCCGUAAUUUAUUUGCCAUACUGUACUUUGCCCUUCUGUCAUUCUGAUUGGCGCUAUUCCUAACGAUGAUGAUUUCUGUGGACUUUUUUCUUCUCGUCACGUUUUGUUCCCAAGACCCAUUAUGGACAGAGUGCGCCCUAAUCGUGGGGGGAAAGAAAGAGUCAACUCUUUUUUUUUUUUUUGCCCCAUUAUUAGCUUCUAUUACAGCGUAUUGCUCUACCUACCUUACCAGCUUGAUGGAAACGGAUGGAGAGGGAGAGAAAAUGGGGCAGAACCUCCCUCCCCUCAUAUACGCAACUCCUUCCUCCCCACAGCCAACACAUACGCAGCGGUUUGUCUGUUUGUCUGUUUGGACUGCUCAAAAAUGCAUCCAUCGAUAUACCAUGGCUCAAACAGGGCCCAAGAUUCGCGUGGCCGGAUCGCUACUCUUACCACAGGACGGGACAAUCAAUCCACCACUUCAACAACGGGCAUCAAAAAUUAAGGCGGUGAAUUUGGCUCUCGAAACUACCCGCAUCCAUCCGUCCCCAGAUCGUAAAACUGUAUGGAGCAGGCAAAUCAUCAUGAUCAUCAGCAACAGUAGUAGCAGCAGCAGCAGCGGUGGGAAAAUGACAAAAAUACACUCCUCAAACCACACGGAAUCUCGCAUGGGCAGGGAUAUGAAAAAAAAUUCUCCGUCACCAGCUUCCGUGCACGCCAAUGCUCAUCAUCAUCAUUAACAAAUUUUAACUCUAGACAAAAUACUGUACAAUGCUACUGCUGCAUUGUCAGAAAAGAAAAAAAGAAAAAAAAGAAAAGAAGAAAAUUUACUCUCCAUAAUGCAUGCGAUUUGCCCUCUGCCUCCAAUUACAGUAUGAGACUAGAAGCACAGAGGGAAGAAAGAGAAGGAAAAAAAAACAAGACAAACUAAAUUCCAGCUUGCAUCACAGAAGUUACUCGACGGACUCGAGCCGGCGGUGGUGCCAUUAAUAUUGUUCUCACAGCCAGCCAGCCUUUGAACCCAGGUGCGGGACGGACGGGUGCGGCCUGAACCAGUCUGAUAUAGGAGGGCUUCCGGGGAUGACUCUGUGAACUGGAAAAGCUUUCAAUUUUCUUUUUUUUUUUUUUUUUUUUUUUUUUUUUUUUUUUUUUUCUCUUACGUCGUCUUUUAUCAAUGGAUGAUCACCCCUCUGGAGAUUCCCUCUUUUUCAUUUCUUCUUGUGAACCCGCCUUCAGCACUGACUUCCGCUGCAAGGCAAACAGUUUCAGGGGGAAAAAUCGCCUCAGUGUGAAGGAAAGGAGUACAGAAAUUGAGACAUAAAGACAUUCAGACUGCAUGGUCCUGCCCCGUACAUCCGUAGCAGAAACUCUGACGAUGUCUUGUCUAGCAUCCCCUACGACUACGACAUA